AUGGUUGGUCCCCGUCUUGCGGGUCUCGGCCUAUUGACGAGCAGUUUCUGCUUGGCAGCUGUCGCCGCCGCUGUGAACGGACUUCAUCAGAAUAUUACAGAGCGGCCCCUGAGCGAAUGCCCUGGCUACAAGGCCUUGAAUGUCAAGUCCACUUCCACGGGUCUUGUUGCCGACCUGGAGCUCGCCGGAGCUCCUUGCAACACCUACGGCACUGAUAUAACCAAGCUCAAGCUGGAGGUUACGUAUGAAGAUGAAUACCGCCUCCAUGUCAAAAUCCAGGACGCCGAGGAACGUGGAUAUCAGGUCCCUGAAUCGGUCUUCCCCCGUCCCAAGAACAAAGGGACGUCGGCGAGCAAGUCAGCCUUGGUGUUCAAGUACACGGUUAACCCAUUUUCCUUCACCGUCUCGCGGGCCAAAACUGGCGAGGUUCUCUUUGACACAUCUGCCGCACCCCUCGUCUUCCAGUCGCAGUAUCUGCGUCUAAGGACCAAGCUCCCCGAGAACCCGAACCUGUACGGCCUCGGCGAGCACUCGGACUCAUUCCGACUCAAGACCUCCAACUACAUCCGCACCCUCUGGACCCAGGACUCGUACGGCAUCCCAACUGAGUCCAAUCUGUAUGGCGCACAUCCGAUCUACCUCGAGCACCGUGAGACCGGUGCUCACGGUGUCUUCUUCCUGAACUCCAAUGGCAUGGAUAUCAAAAUCGACAAGGACCGAUCCGGUCAAUUCCUCGAGUACAACACUCUGGGCGGCGUCUUUGACUUCUACUUUGUUGCUGGCCCGACGCCCGUUGAGGUCUCGCGCCAGUAUGCUCAAAUCGCUGGUCUUCCGGCCAUGAUGCCCUACUGGGGCUUUGGCUUCCACCAAUGCCGGUAUGGCUACCGCGAUAUUUUUGAAGUGGCCGAGGUAGUCUACAACUACAGUGUCGCGGGCAUUCCGCUGCAGACGAUGUGGAUCGAUAUUGACUACAUGGAUCGGAGACGCGUCUUUUCCAACGAUCCUGAACGUUUCCCCAUGACCCUACUGCGGAAGUUUGUCGACCAUCUCCAUGGUAAUAAGCAGGAUCACAUCGUGAUGGUCGAUCCAGCGGUCGCUUAUGCCGAUUAUGCUCCCUACCACCGUGGCAUUGAGAGCAACGUCUUCCUCAAGCGUGACAACGGUUCAGAGUGGCUGGGUGUUGUCUGGCCUGGUGUGUCUGUCUUCCCUGAUUGGUUUGCGUCCAACAUCACUCAAUAUUGGAACAACGAGAUUGCCACAUUCUUCAACAAGGAGACCGGCCUUGAUGUUUCCGGUAUCUGGAUCGAUAUGAAUGAGCCGUCGAACUUCCCCUGCUACUUUCCUUGCGAUAACCCGUGGGCUGCGGCCGAGGGCUUCCCUCCCACACCUCCGGACGUUCGUACUCAUGCUCCUCGGCCCUUGCCUGGCUGGCCCUGCGAGUUCCAGCCUGAGGGCACAGUGUGCAAGCGCAGCACUAUUGAAGCUGAGGCUCCGAAGAAGCGUGAGGUGAUUGAUACCCCCGUUGAGGUUACUCGUACUCUCCAUACUCGCGCCGACGGAAAGUGGCUGGGUCUCCCAGGACGCGAUCUCUUGUAUCCCAAGUAUGCCAUUCACAACAAGGCAGCCUAUAUGGACUCGUGGAACGCCGAACAUGGCGGUAUCUCAAACAAGACCGUCAACACCGAUCUCAUCCAUCAGAAUGGCCUGGCCAUGUAUGAUACGCACAACAUCUAUGGUUUAAUGAUGUCUCAGCAAACCCGCAAGGCUCUGUUGGCUCGUACCCCUGGAGAGCGCCCAUUCAUCAUCACUCGUUCGACCUUCGCCGGCGCCGGCGCCACAGUCGGCAAGUGGCUAGGCGACAACUUCUCAAACUGGGAGCAUUACCUUCAGAGCAUCCGUGGUAUUCUGAACUUCGCUUCAAUCUUCCAAGUACCCAUGGUCGGAGCCGACGUCUGUGGUUUCGGCGGUUCGACGAACGAGAAACUCUGUGCCCGCUGGGCUAUGCUCGGCGCCUUCAGCCCCUUCUUCCGCAACCACAACGAGUACCCGCCGGCAAUCUCUCAAGAAUUCUACCGCUGGCCCAUCGUCGCAGAGGCCGCCCGCAAGGCUAUCGACAUCCGUUACCGCCUGCUGGAUUACAUUUACACCGCUUUCUACCGCCAGACUCUCGACGGCACGCCCAUCCUCUACCCUAUGUUCUUCCUCUACCCGAACGACGUCAAGACCUUCGGUCUCGAGCUCCAGUACUUCUACGGCCCGGGUCUUCUCGUCGCCCCUGUUACGGAGGAGGAUUCUAGCAGUGUCGAUGUCUAUCUGCCCAAUGACAUCUUCUACGACUGGUACACGCACAAGCGUAUCCGCGGCCACGGUCGUACGAUCCGUGUUGACAACCAGACCUUGACCGACAUCCCGCUCUUCCUGCGUGGCGGUGUCAUCGUGCCGGCUCGCGUCAAGUCUGCCAUGACUGUGGCCGAGCUGCGCGAGCAAGACUUCGAGCUGCUGGUGCCCCUGGGCGCUGAUGGCACUGCGGAGGGCCGGCUGUAUCUUGAUGAUGGCAUCAGCUUGAACCAGCAGGGGAUCACGGACGUCACUUUCAAGUACAAGAAUGGUAUUCUGACCGCCAAGGGUACCUUUGGCUACAAGACCAAGGCCAAGAUCGCCAAGGUUGUCGUGAUUGGUGCCAGUCGGAAAAGGGAUGACAGCGAGGUUGAGCAAACUGAGGUCCAGGUCAACCAAGCUCUGGACGGCGAGUUCACUAUCAAAAUUGACGGCUCUGCGUAA